AUGGCGGCUCUACCUGCAGCGAGAUUACAGGCUUUCACCAGACCGUUCACCUACAUUGGAUUGGACUACUUUGGUCCACUGACCGUGCGUAUAGGUAGAAGCACAGUGAAACGAUGGGUGGCACUCUUCACCUGCUUAACAAUACGGGCCAUUCACCUGGAAGUGGUUCAUUCGUUAUCCACGGAAUCCUGCAAAAUGGCCAUACGACGCUUCAUUGUUUGCCAUGGUUCUCCGCUGGAAAUAUAUAGCGACAACGGAACCAAUUUCGUCGGCGCAAACAACGAAAUCAAAUAUUCUGUGAAACAGUUAGCAGAGUGCUUUACGAACGCGAAUACGAAAUGGAUUUUUAAUCCACCAUCAGCGCCACAUAUGGGCGGCUCAUGGGAGCGCUUGGUCCGCUCCGUAAAAGUGGCUAUGGCAGCGAUGCAGACAUCGAGGAACCCGGAUGAAGAAACAUUUGCGACGAUCGUUCGAGAUGCUCAAGGAGUUGUGAACUCGCGUCCCUUAACAUUCAUCCCCAUUGAAAGUGAGUCUCAGGAAGCUCUCACUCCUAACCACUUCAUCCUGCUCAGCUCGAAUGGAGUCUCUCAAACUCCGAAACCACUGUCUGAUGAUAGCUCGGCACAUCGGAACAAUUGGAACCUGCUCAACGGGAUGGUAGACCAUUUUUGGCGAAGAUGGAUACGAGAAUAUUUGCCGACCAUUGCCCGGCGAACAAAAUGGUUUAGUGACGUAAAACCGAUUGAACAAGGUGACCUGGUGAUUAUCGUUAACGAAGCGGAAAGAAAUGGUUGGAUGCGUGGACGGAUUUUAAAUUUCAUCGAAGCGAAAGACGGUCGACGUCGACAAGCAGUGGUCCAGACUGCGCAUGGUGUUUUGAGAAGACCGGUUGCUAAAUUGGCGCGUCUAGAUAUAGUAUCCGGUAACCCAGGAUCGGUGAAACGAUCCACCGACCUUUCUUACGGGCAGGGGGAUGUUGCGGUGGCUACGACCGAUCUUCCAAACCCACCUGCUAACUGA